AAUACAAGAUGGCGGAGAGUGCGGAACUGAAGCAAAUGGUGAUGAGCCUGCGGGUGUCAGAGCUGCAGGUGCUGCUGGGUUACGCUGGGCGCAACAAGCACGGACGCAAGCAUGAGCUGCUCACCAAGGCGCUGCAUCUGCUGAAAGCUGGCUGCAGCCCAGCCGUGCACAUGAAGAUCAAAGAGCUCUACCGAAGACGCUUCCCUGCCAAAAUGGUCUCCCACUCAGAGUUAGCUCUCCCUGGUCCACAUCACCCGGCCUCAGCUGGAAUGGUUGGGGGAGGGGGGGCGGCACUGCCUGCUGGCCUGACACAGCUGGCGUAUGAGGGUCAUGCCGGACAUGGUGGAGCCCCGUCGCCUGCUGCCUUACUCCCCCUCUCACUGCUUGGUCCUGGAAAGCACGAGUUGACUGGACUGACGCACCACCUGCCCGCCUCAGCCACUCUGCAUCCGGUCCAUCCAGAUGUCAAGCUCCAGAGGCUGCCCUUCUACGACAUGCUGGAUGAGCUCAUCAAGCCAACCAGUCUAGCGUCAGACAACAGCCAACGAUUUCAGGAAACAUGUUUUGCAUUUGCAUUAACGCCACAGCAAGUUCAGCAGAUCAGCAGCUCAAUGGACAUCUCGGGGACCAAAUGUGAUUUCUCAGUUCAAGUUCAGUUGCGCUUUUGCCUGUCAGAGACAAGCUGUCCUCAGGAAGAUCAUUUCCCCCCCAAUCUAUGUGUGAAAGUCAACGGGAAGCCAUGUAACCUGCCGGGUUAUCUUCCUCCAACCAAAAACGGCGUGGAGCCCAAACGGCCCAGCCGGCCCAUCAACAUUACCUCACUGGUCAGAUUGUCCACCACAGUCCCCAAUACCAUCGUGGUGUCAUGGACAUCUGAAAUCGGAAGGAGUUACUCCAUGGCAGUUUAUCUGGUGAGGCAGCAGUCAUCUACAGUGCUGUUACAGAGACUACGGGCAAAAGGCAUCAGAAACCCAGACCACUCCAGAGCUCUCAUCAAGGAGAAGCUAACAGCAGACCCCGACAGUGAAAUAGCCACGACAAGCCUUCGAGUUUCACUGCUCUGCCCGCUGGGGAAGAUGCGGCUGAUGAUUCCAUGCCGGGCGCUAACAUGCUCCCACCUGCAAUGCUUCGAUGCCACACUCUACAUCCAGAUGAAUGAGAAGAAGCCCACCUGGGUGUGUCCUGUCUGUGAUAAGAAGGCCCCCUACGAGCACCUCAUCAUUGAUGGGCUUUUUGUGGAGAUCCUGAACAGCUGCAUGGACUGUGAUGAGAUCCAGUUUAAAGAAGAUGGUAACUGGGCCCCCAUGAGGUCUAAGAAGGAAGUGCAGGAGGUCUCCUCAGCUUCCUAUAACAACGGGCUGGAUGGCUCCUGUCGGACGUCUGAAGGCUCAGAUCAGCGGACCUCCUCAUCCUCCAGCCACAGCGACAGCAGCAACGGGAAGAAAGUGGAAGUGAUUGACUUGACAUUGGACAGUUCCUCGGAUGAGGAAGAUCCGGAUUCACCACCUCCACCUCCGCCUCCACCAAUACCCCCUCCUGUCAAAAGAGCGUGUCCCUCUUUGUCCCCAACCUCGCCACCCAUCAUUAAUAAAGGCGUGUUGAAUCUUCACCACCAGGCUUCACCUGUGAGCCGCACCCCCAGCAUGCCAGCGAUAGACACCGGCUACAUCCCUCCAGUCCCCCCUCUCAUCCAGGACUAUAGACCCUACUACCACACCCCCAGCGACCUGCCAGAGUUGAAUUUCUUCUCUUUUCUUCAAGGAGACAAUCAUCAGCAUUACAACAUGGUGAUGGCAGCAGCAGCCGCUGCCUCGGCCUCAGAUGACCACGAGCUGCUUCUUAACCGCUUCCUGCCCUACAGCACCUCCUCUUCCACCUCCCAGCUGUUCCUCGACCAAUCAGGAGCCUCCUCAGCCCCUUCGCUAACCGCGCCAAGCAACGGGGCGGUGAGCAACUCGGGCAGCAGCAGCAGCCUGGUGUCAUCUAGCAGCCUUCGAGAUACUCACUCCACACACUCAUCCUCACACACAAUCUCACACUCCUCGCACACACACCCCGGGGUGGUGGCCAGCCGGAGCAGCGCCGAAGCAGCGGUGGCAGCGAUUUACGGUGGGAUACCUGACAUCAUAUCGCUGGACUGACCUAGGAAAAGUCAAAACAGCUCUCGGGGCCCAGCUUUCAUGCAGUAACAAACCCAAUAACAAACUGACUGCAGGGUAAGGUUUGAUCCAGAAAUUAGACUUGGCCCCAAGUCAUCAAACUCUGAACUUUUGUGGAGUCACGAUGACAAGAAGAAGAGCACUAAUGACAUGAGUGGGUGACAUCACUUUAAGGGGUCAGCUGUGUGCUUUGUGUUGGUAUGCACUGACUUCCAGCAUGAGACCCCACAUCACUGCUCUACUGGCACCACCUGGCACAAACAGCAAAGAUGCUACCAGAGCAAAAACGUGAAGAUGGAAGGAUUCUUUUUUCUUUUCUUUUUUCUUUUUUCUUUCGUUUUUUUCUCUUUUUUUUUUUUUUUUUUUACAAAAAACCAGGAGUGGCAUCGUGUACAGAGAACAAAAUCUAUUUUCCUCUUUUACCUUUGUAUGUUAAAUCAGAACAUUUUCAGUCUAGUGAGCUGCUUCUGUCGCUGUUUUUUAAGUGGAGGACUGAGUUUUUUCCUCUUAAGAGCUUCUACAAAUGCCAUAUUGUCAUCUUUUUCUUCUCUCUUUUCUCUAUCCUGUUUAAAAUUUUCCAUCUGCAUUUCUCCAGCAUUAAGUUCUGUUUUUUUCUGUCUUGCUCAAGCUCAUGUUCAGAUUUAUUCCAUAUUAUGUUUUCCUCCAUUGACAAGAAUUUUUCACACGCUGAAUUUACAGUUUAAUCAUGUGCUUGUGAUUUUAAUAUGCAUUUAAGUUAUGUAUGAUAUUUAAACAGUUAUAUAUGCAUUCCCUUUGACCUUCAGGUUAAUGCUGGGAGUGUGACGGUGGAAUUUAGCCAUUUGUGGGGGUUUUAAUUUUCAUUUUCAUUCCGUGUAAAGACUCCGCCGGCAUACACCAUUUAGAUAUGAAACUAUUUAUAAUUGCCAAUUUAGACUUUUGAGCUGGAAGAUUUUCUUUUUUUUCGCUUUUUUUUCACAAUGCCAAAAAAAAGAAAAAAAAGGUACUUAGGAAAACGAUCGCAGUAGCCAGAGUGGAGUUGCAUUUGUGUGCCAGUGUUUUAGUCAGUUUCUUCAGUUUCAUUCAGUGGUGGUUUUCACCAUGUCCCUUUCUGUUGUCUUGCAUUCUCAGUUGACUGUUAAAGAGGAACUCCGAUGAAGCUGCCGUAGCAGUGACAUCGGGCCUUUUAAAGGACACAAGCGGCGUCCAUAGCAUGUGACCAAGUUUAAACUAGUGCCUGUUUAUGUGCGUGCUUCAAAGCGUGUUUUUUGGGGGGAAACUUCUAAAUUAAUGUCUUAAAUAUUUCCGUCUCUCAACCUUUGCCCCAGCAUUUUUCAGAAGUUGACUUGUUACCCAUCUAGGGAGUUAUCUUUGGGUAAAGCACUUGUGGAAAAGUGCAGAAAAGUGGAAGCAGGCAGUUUAGUGCCAUGGUUAAAGAAGGCGAUCUCGGCAUGCCAGCUUCAACUCCGUACAGAGCCAGAUCAUUUAAAAAUGCAUGGCCUGCCUGGAGCUGAAAGAAAGGGGAAAAAAAGGAAAAAAAAAGCCUAUGAAAUAGUCGACGUGUCAAAGCCAUGUGAAGAUGUUAGGAUACCUCGAAGCUGUUGGCGGAACACGCAGGGUUUGCUCGUGAAUGUAUUGUACUUUUUUAAGACUGGACACUCGUGGUUUUUGUUUCCGUUAGGUUUAUUGUCAGAACCUUGCUGCAGAUAUCCAUUGUAAACUGGUCCAAAUUCUGUAGAUCCGGUGUCCCUCCUGUCCUGUCCUGUCUGCACACCACCCCCCACCUACUCACCCCUUCUGCGUCCUUGAAAGUUUCCCAGUGUCAGCUGUUAUCAGCCUCUGUUCUUUCAUACGCCGGAGACAAGCAGCACACUUGAAAACCUAAUUAGCCCACCGAUGGUGAGAUAGUCACUUCUGACACCAGCCCCCUUCACCUCACAUCCCCUGUCCUGUUCCACGACCACUAACUGGGAGACGACACAGAAUGACUCCCCCACCCCCACCCCCCUUUUCUCUCUCCUUCUUUGGCAUUUUCGGCCUCAUUCCCUGCUCUUCUCAUGGGAAGCAACCCCGGCCUCUCCAGCUGACUCAAUCAUACUCUGGAACAAGAUUUGUGUAUUUCCUGUGUUGUGCAGUAUUUUAUUUAUUUUGUAAUCUUAUGUCUAUAUAUUAUAUUUUUACAAAUAUGUUCCAUGACUGAGUGUAAGCCACUGUCACUUGGGAGCUGUAGUGAUGUGAUUUUAUUUAAACUGCAUUAGAUGAUUAUUUGCCAGCAGCAUGACUUCCGAGGAAGGUGUUGUGCAGUGAUUCACCAUUGAAAUGCGACUGUAUUUUCUCAGAAGCUGACUGGGCUGAUGCUUUUUAAUAGGGGCACAAAACACAUGCCUAAUCAGCAUAUGCAUGAUUUAUUAUUUUAUCAGUUAAUUCAGGAUGUUGUGGGAGUUCGGGAAGCCAGAGAGGUAGAAAAAUGGGUUGUGCUGGUUCCUACAGAAAUGUAAAGCUGCUUUAAUCAAACUGGUUGGGAGAUACAAGUUUGAAUGUGCUGCAUGGCAUCAUUUCUGAAGCCAUUUCCAGGUGGCUUACUGGGAUUGUUAUACAGUUUGACUUAAUUAUCACAUCGUUGGGUCCAAAUUUAAUGUAUAAAUUGCUGCAGAUUUGAUCCCAUCUGCUUCAGCUGUUUAGCAAAUAUUAACAUGCCAAACAGAAAUGGCGAAUAUUAACCUGCUGCACAUCUUUGACUCCUUAUCUUUGUCUUUCCUCUUAAUUUAACCAACCAGUACAAGCUGGGUGCUCUGGGCUUUAGUUCAUCUAAAAAAAAAAACACACAUUGACUGGAUUCAAAAUCUGAUUACAGCUAAAGGUCCAGAAACCGCUAUUUCAUCCAUACUGUGAUUUCAUAAAAAGAAAACACCCCAAAAAGUUCGUAUAAACUGUCCCUUGUUUCAAUCAACUUUGAUUGAAUUUUAAACAUCUCUGCCGCUGUUCAGUUUGAUUCCAGCUUUCAACAUUUAGUAAAACUGGCAUCAGGUUUGUUAAGUCAGCAUCUGUGGUGGCGGUAACAGACUUGGAAGGAGCCUUUUAAAAGGAGAAACUGUUAUGUCAAAUGUCACAUUUUUAACCAAGAGCAAGCACAAAAUAUUUUCUCCUAAUCGUCAGUUCAGUAGCAAAAUGCCAAAAGUAUAUAACUAUAUUCAGGGGGAAAGCAUCAAGAGACAUGUGAUGCUUGCUGGUACAGACUUGUUGCAGAUAAAACACAAAAUCCAGGAAAUGUUCUUUGAGUAUACUUUGACAGAAUUGGCUACAAGCUGCACAAGAGCGAGACUUUUUCUGACUACAUAUAAUUAUAUGGUAAUUGUGGUUGGGUUCAGCUAAUAUGCAACCCUGUGAUUUCUUCAACAUGUCCCUCUGGGUUUAAAGAAAUGAUUCCCAUCAGUCAAUCUAAGGUUAAAAUAUCCUUUUUUAAAAUAUCAUAUUUGAAAGACAUAUUUAAACUAGAUUAUUUUGAAUUUUCUGUUUUUUAUUUUCCUUAUUUUUCUUUUAUUUUUAAGAUUUUAAAGCCGGAUGCAGAAAUCAAGUAUUAUUUUCACACAACAGUGAGCAGAAAGCUUACCAUCCGUCACAGGUUUUAACUCGUGGUACAAACUCGGCCUGAGUUUGUGCCUUUAUUAUGACUUCUUACCUGUCUGCUCUGCUGUUGAAGAUUUCUGUAACGUUUGCUUGAAAUUUUUUCACCAGUGUUUGGAUGCUUGAUAAGAUGCUCAAUGUAACUGACUGCAUUUGAUCACAACUUAAUUUAUUGAUGCUUCAGUCCUCAAGUCUGUCAUGCAGUUGAAUAUGGUGACUCACGUUAAGUGCGAGUGCAGACAGAGUUGAAUGUGUUCCUGUUGAAGUGCUCUACAUACAAGGGUCUGUAUGGGAUUACCAAAAAGUCCGAUCCUCCUCCUCCUCCCCUCCAGAGUCCAGCGCUCCCUCCUGUGCUUUGAUUAGUGGUAAAUGUUUUUUGUAGAGAGCAAGCAGUUGUUAUUGAGUUUAGGAUUUCCUUCUUUCACUCUAUAACAAAAGAACUUUGUUGACAACCUUGAUAAGCAGCUCAACUCUAGUCAUCAUGACCUUAAAUAAAAGGGAAACGUGUGUGUAUAUUAUGUCUGUAUGGGACCCUAAAAAGGAAAAGUUCAGAUCCAAACAUUGGGUGUUUGAUGUCCGUUUGUAUGCUUUUGUGUGUCAGUUCAGAGCGAAAGAAUAAAAUAAUUUAUAUAUUUUUUAGAAAAUUAAAGCUGUACUACUAUUAAAAAAAUGACUGUGGCCAAUGAAGAGUCUCACACAACUGAAAUGAUCUCUAAGUCAGACUCGAGUCAACAUCUGCACUCACUGCCUUAUUCACAGGUUUUUUUCACAGCUCCAAAAUAAGAAAAAUAAUAAUAGUAAUAAAUAAAAAGGCUUUUCAAGGAGGGAAAGGAGAAGUGUACAGAAGACCCAUGUCAGUUUGUACAAAUAUACCAAGUGAAAAAAAAAUAUUUAUUACCUGCAUUGAAAGAAAUUGUUUACUUAUUGAAUGUUACUUGUUUAUGUAGAAAAGUAGAUGUAAUAAAAUGCAUUCUGCUA